AUGGCACGUGUCCCUGCGUGGAAGUCGCAGGCCGUGGACCUUCGGAAUCGCAUGGGCUGUGCCAUGGAUUACAAGCCGUGGACAAGGAAGCAGCGACAUUUCCAAGGCUUGCACAUGCUUCCUCGACCACUUGAAGUUGUGGAGUUGGCCGCCAUCGCCCAUGUGGGGCCGCCUCCACAGAAGCAGCACGGCCGCAUGAGGCAGCUGCUGAGGGACGUCUUUGUGGACGUGAGCCAGAACCCCGUCAGACAGCCGUGGACGAACAAAUCGAUGAUCUCCCCGUGCCUGACCACGAGUACAGUGUUGUAUUGUUUCGAAAGAGACCGUGUGGUGCUGCCGCUAGAGCUUAUGUGCUGGCAGGGUCACAAAGCAGACAUCAUUGUCCCAGCGACAAUGAGCCAGAGUUCAUUGCGGGACCUUGCUGGGCAGGGCAUUUGCCUGCCCUGCCUAGCCAUGUUGAUCGGUGCAGCCGCAGGCUGCGGUGCUUUUCAGAAGUGA